GGGUGCUUCGGUAUAAACUUCACGCACAAGUCGCCAACCAUUGGGAACUGGGCAGCCGCGCGCGAUAACCUUGUUUUUCAAAAUAUAUCCGUCUACUUUCGAAAAUUGUACAUUACGUGACGUGCGAGCGAAUGGCUAACCUAUACGAAGACCAGCAGAUUGCGUUUCGAGUUAGAGUUUUAUCUCGUGUCUCUCACGUAUUCAAUUGUGCUCUGUCAGUUCAAGCUAACCAAACUUUCUGCGUGCAUUGAUCAUUGGGGCCCUGAAAAAGAUCGUUAGCUCGGAGCCGAUAUCUGGCUCUGUGCGCUAGAGUUCUGGCCGCGAACCUCGCAUAAAGAUAAAGAAAAAAAGGGCUAGCAGAAGAGAAGGAGCGAACGGAGCCUCUCUGUGUGCGUGGUGGAGGUGCGACAAGUGCGCGUGCUACAUUACGUCAGGUCAGGGAGAGAGAGAGAGAGAAAGAAAGAAAGGAAGAAAGAGAAAAAGAGAGCGAGCGGUGGAGGCAGCGCGUCUCUUUGACAUCUGCGCAUUUCUCGCGUUCGCUCAGGGGAAAACUCCAAAACAAGCAACAUGGCGGACCCGAGCAACGAGCCUGCAUCGUCGAGCGGUGUCUCGGAGCAGACCGCCGCGACGGCGACCGUAACCGCCGUCGUGGCGUCGAUGCGCGAGGACCACGACAAGGAGGAGAGCUACCCCGAGCCCGACAAGAAACGGCGGAAGACGCGCGCCGACGACAUCACCAAGACUGAACAGAAGCUGGAGCACCGCCUGGGCGGUAUCCUUUGCUGCGCAGUUUGUCUCGAUCUGCCUCGUGCGGCCGUCUAUCAGUGUGCUAAUGGACACUUGAUGUGUGCUGGUUGCUUCACUCAUGUCCUCGCAGAUGCCAGGCUGCGGGAUGAAAUGGCAACAUGUCCCAACUGCAGAAUUGAAAUCAGCAAGACCACGGCAUCUCGAAAUCUGGCAGUUGAGAAAGCUGUGUCUGAGUUACCUGCUGAAUGUCAAUAUUGUGCAAAGGAGUUUCCGCGAAAUUCCUUAGAGCACCAUGAGGAGGCUAUGUGUGAGGAAAGGAUAUCUAAUUGCAAAUAUAGUAGAAUCGGUUGUCCAUGGCGAGGUCCGAAUCACGAGAUCCCGGAACACGAGGCUCAUUGCGUUCAUCCUCAUCGUACGGGCGCGGAUGUAAUGGAGGCCCUGCGCGAGAUCGAUGCUCGUACUUUGGAAGAACGUAGGCUCUAUGACAAUGUCUUUGAUCUUUUGUCCUACGAGAAAAUCACGUUUAACGAUUUACAGAUGAAGCCAUAUCGUACUGACGAAUUCGUUCACAAGUUAUUUUAUGAAACUUCACGAUUUGGUGCAUUCAACAAUCAAUGGGUAGUAAAGGCCAGGAUCAAUAGCAAUCAACGUGAUCCUACCCAAAGCUCAGAGCGAGAUAUGACUUACCAACUGAUCUUAAAGACAAAAACCACUUAUCCACUACCGGUUUAUUACUUGAUCUUGAAAGGCCCGUUUGGCGAUAUGAAAGUACAUCCAAGAAUUCACAGAUUCGAGUUCACCGAGCAAGAGAACGAAAGUCCAUAUUUUACAUUACCAUUACCGGACACGGCAGAAUGCAAUAGACUCCUUGCAGCUAAAGCCAUCAGUUUUAGACUAAUAAUGUUCCUGGCAUCUAAGUAGCUUACAACGACAAAGACUAUUGUCAAGAUUUUGUCACGAAGAGGAUCGAUUGACACGAUCUUCUAGAUGUAACGAUAAAUAAGAAUAUAGAGAUUACAGAGAUUUAUAUAUAACCGUUUAUAGUAGUGAUAAUCACGAGAUAAUGAUAAUGAUAAGAAAGAAAAAUCGAAGAUGCUAAUAUCAUUGUAAUGUGUUUGCAAGAUACAUGUUGAGAAAGAUAAAUUAUAUAUUAAAAUAAUAUAACGUGGCAUGCACAGAGAAAGCACUAUAAUGUUUAAAUUGAAUAUUUAAUUAUUUAAUACAUUUAAUUAACAAAUUGCUUUGUUUCUUUUGCCUAUCUUUAUUUUUGCAUUUCACAAAAAAAACAAGAAUAAAGAUCAAUUUGUGCAGAUUAUUGUGUAAGCAGGCGUAAUUAAAUCGCAUUUGUACAAUUGUGCAAUUUAUAUUUUGAGACGAAGCAACGCGCAGCAUUAUUUAGAUAAUAUUAAUUUAAUAUGUACACACCUGUCCAUAUGAAGCCCAAUCGCGAACUUGUUUGAUUUAAGUAAAUUAGACGCUAUCAAUGUAAAAUUCUGAAUAAAAAUUAUAAUGAGCCUA